AUGGCAAAAUCUUCGAAACUCUGGUACGACAAACCUGCUAGCGAAUGGAACGAAGCUUUACCCAUCGGGAAUGGUAGACUGGGUUGUAUGAUUCAUGGUCGUACCGCGACCGAACUACUCUGUCUCAAUGAAGAUUCAGUAUGGUAUGGGGGACCACAGGAUCGAGUGCCACAAGACGCAUCGCAGAACCUUCAAAAGUUGAGAGAGCUCGUAAGAGAGGGUCAACAUGCUGAUGCUGAGAAGCUUGUCGAUCGGGCUUUCGGUGCUUCACCUAGCGGCCAAAGACAUUAUGAGCCAUUAGGAAAUGUCAAAGUCGAAUUCGGGCAUGAUGCUGACAAAGUGAUGGAUUAUCGCAGAGAGCUUGAGCUGACUACUGCUAUUCACACGACGGAUUAUAGCCAUGAAGGUGCCAAAGUCAAGGUGGAGAUGCUGGCAAGUGCGAUUGACCAAGUCAUUGCCAUACGUAUUCAAAGCAGCAGCAAUUUCGAGUUUGCCGUCAGGCUGACAAGAGAGAGCGAGAUUGAAUACGAAAGUCACGAAUACCUGGACUCUGUGAGAACAACUGACAAUCAAAUUAUCAUGCUCGCAACCCCAGGAGGCUAUCAAAGCGUCAGGGCUUGUUGUGCUCUUGGUAUCAGAACGGACCAUGAAGGCACCGUGGAAGCUCAAGGUGGUUCGCUGGUCGUCACUGCCAAAGAAGCGCUGGUUGUGAUUGCCGCGAGAACCAGCUUCCGCCACGAAGAUUUCGAAGCUGUAGCAGUUGGAGACGUCUCUGCAGCACUUGAACGUGGAGCAGAAAAGAUCUGGGACCAUCACGUUCAACACUAUCAAUCCUUUUACCAUCAGACCCAACUCACACUGGGUCCACCUUCACCUCACGAUGGACUUUCUACCGACCAAAGAAUCAAGAAAGGCACAACGCCAGCUCUGGUAGCUCUAUACACGAAUUACUCUCGCUAUCUUCUUCUGUCCAGCAGUCGACCGAGUAACGGCAACGAUCGAACACUAGAUCUGCCAGCCAACCUUCAGGGUAUCUGGAAUCCAUCUUUCCACCCAGCUUGGGGUUCAAAGUUCACCCUCGAUAUCAACCUACAGAUGAACUACUGGGGGUGCCUUCCAUUAUCUCUGGCUCCUUGUAUGGAACCUCUCUUCUCUCUCCUCCACCGGCUUGCCCUCCCGGAGAAUGGUGGUAGAGUUGCCAAGGAGAUGUAUGGUGCAAGAGGCUGGUGCUGUCACAACAAUACGGAUCUAUGGGCUGAUUGCUCACCCUGCGAACGCUGGCUACCUGCCACCCUCUGGCCGUUAGGAGGUGCUUGGUUGUCAUCCUUCAUCUGGGAGCACUAUCUCUUCACCUGCUGUAUCUCCACUCUUCGCAAGAACUUCCCAGUGCUUGAAGAAGCAGUGAAGUUCUGCCUGGAUUGGCUUGUCUCGGAGACUUUUCCAGAUGGCAAAGAGUACCGAGUUACAAAUCCUAGUCUCUCGCCAGAGAACACUUUCAUCGACGAAUACACAGGAGAGAAAGGAGUAUUCUGCAGAGGCAGCAUGGCGGAUCUCACAAUCAUCUCCUCGCUCUUUGAAGACUACCUUGAAGCUUGCAAGACUCUGCAUCUCAAGCCUCAUCUACUACGCGAAGUAGGCAAGGCAAUGCUUGCACUCCCUCCACCUUCGAUAUGCAAAAAGACCGGCCGAUUGCAAGAGUGGGGUAUCGCCAAUCACGCUGAUGCCGAACCCGGUCACCGCCAUAUCUCGCAUCUCCUUGGCGUAUACCCUUUCACCUGUAUAGAUAUGGAUGCCUCACCUCAACUCUCCCGUGCCGCACUAAGAUCACUCGAAAUCAGGCUAGCUCAUGGUGGCGGCCACACAGGCUGGAGUCGCUCACAUCUGCUCUGUAUUUUCAGUCGCCUUCGCAUGCCAGAUAAAGUUGCCGAGUCGUUUGCUGCUCUGCUCGAUACGUCAACCUUGGCAAACCUCUUCUCUUCGCAUCCGCCUUUUCAGAUCGAUGGAAACUUUGGCGCUGCAGCGGCAGUGGUCGAGUGCUUGGUGCAGAGUUUCGAGAUCACCGGACAAGGGCAGAGGGUUUUAAGGAUCCUGCCUUCUUGGCCUCAAGAGUGGGGUGAUGGCGAGGUGAAAGGAGUCAGAUGUCGAGGCGGCUGGAGCGUUGCGUUCAAGUGGAGGGAUGGUAUGGUUGAUGGACCUGUUGAAGUCAAGAGUGUUGUUGAAGAAGACGGAAGCGCACAUGGAGAUGCGGGCAAUGAGCACAGAAACAAGCAUCGAAGUUCUGAAGAGAGGCGGGGUGUCGUGGUAUUUCCCGAUGGUGGGUUCAUCACAUUUGAGGGCACUGGGACUCCCCCGUAUACCACUGAUCUCACACAAUAA